AUGCAGAACAGAACCUGUCUAGUUCUCUGUGCCUUUGCCCUUCUGACGGGCUUCCUGACGAUCUGCCUGGGGGCCUUCUUCAUUUCCUCGGGCUCCCUGUUCAACUGCCAGGGGAACCUGAUCCUGGCCUAUUUGCUUCUGCCUCUGGGGUUUGUGAUCCUUCUGAGUGGAAUUUUCUGGAGCACCUACCACCAGGCCAGUGAAAGCAAAGGGGUGUUCAGCCGUGUGCUCAGACAGUACGGUGCUCAGGGGGCCCUGCCCCUGGCCACAGUGGACAGGCCAGAUUUUUACCCUCCUGCUUAUGAAGAGAGUCUUGAUGCUGAAAAGCAAGGCUGUCCUGCAGAGCAAGAGACCUCGGGUGUUCCUCCACCUCCGUAUACAGAGAUGGGCCUCGAAUUUGAGGAUGAAGGUGAUGCCCACCCGGAGGCCCCACCAUCCUAUGACGAGUCUGUAGCAGACAGGGUGGAGGCAGCAACGCCACUGCAGGAUGCUGAAAGGCAAAACCAAGAGUGCUGAAGCAGGGGAAGCUCUCCAGCCCUCAUGACGCACCCUCAUGGGAUGCAGCUGCUAGUAAUAAACCCAGGCAGGGACUGUGGGAGGA